ACUUCCGGUUUAGAAAUCAACAUACACGUGCAAGAGCAAAAUGUCAGAUAAAAAUCGAAAUAAGUUACCAAGUAAUCUACCGCAACUACAGAAUCUUAUUAAGCGUGAUCCCGGAUCUUACAGAGAUGAGUUUAUGCAGCAGUACAGACAUUAUGAAUCAAAUCUACAGAUAUUUCAUCUCCAACCAUCAACUUACACAAAGACUUUAGAUGAGCUGGUGCUCUUCAUUGCACAGGUUUCCCAAUGUUAUGCAGAGGAAGUGUCAGACUUUCCUCAACAUCUUCAAGAUUUGCUUCGGCGACAUGCCACAGUCCUGGACAAGACCAUGAGAAUGACUUUCUGUAAGGCGUUGAUCCUGCUGAGAAACAAAAGCCUCAUUCCUGCGACCGGCGUUCUGGAGUUGUUCUUUGAGUUGUUCCGCUGUCAGGAUAAGCUACUGAGGAAGACUCUCUACUCCUACAUCGUCAGUGACAUAAAAAACGUCAACUUUAAACACAAAAAUGCCAAGCUAAACACAACAUUGCAGAACUUUAUGUACACAAUGCUGAAAGAUAACAAUGCUAUAGCCGCUAAGAUGUCACUGAGUGUUAUGAUAGAGUUAUACAGAAGGAAUAUUUGGAAUGACACCAAAACAGUCAAUGUUAUAGCUACAGCCUGUUUCUCCAAAGUUACCAAGAUACUGGUAACAGCCCUGAAAUUCUUCAUUGGCAACGAGGAGGGGGAGAAGGCUGAAAGUGACAGUGAAGAUGAGUAUGAUAAGAAAAAAGAGAAGGCAAGAAAGACAUCGAAGGAACUGAUACUUGGGAACAGAGUGGCAAAAAAGACUAAAAAACGACAGAAAAAACUAGAGAGGGCACUUCAAGCCAUGAAGAAAUUUAAGAAGAAGCAUAAAAGUGAAUCGUUUAAUGUAACAGCUCUCCAUCUUCUACAUGAUCCUCAAGAUUUUAGCGAAAGGUUAUUGAAGCAGUUAGAAGCGACAAAUGAGAGGUUUGAGGUGAAACUCAUGAUGAUAGACCUUAUAUCACGACUCAUUGGUAUCCAUGGGCUUUUCCUUCUCAACUUUUAUCCGUUUGUACAAAGAUUCCUCCAACCACAUCAGAGAGAGGUGACUCGUUUACUGCUGUAUGUUGCCCAGGCUAGUCAUGAUUUGGUUCCUCCUGAUGUGCUGGAGAGUACUGUGAAGUGUAUAGCCAAUAACUUCAUCACAGACAGAAAUUCAGGAGAAGUGAUGGCGGUCGGGUUAAAUGCUGUAAGGGAGAUAUGUGCCAGGUGUCCCCUAGCUCUCUCAGAAGACCUCCUCCGAGACUUCGUGGAGUAUAAAACUCAUAGAGACAAAGCUGUGAUGAUGGCGUCGCGGGCUGUAAUAGCUCUUUACCGGAGAGUUAACCCUGAACUACUGCACAAGCGGGACAGGGGGAAGCCAACAGAUGCUACAGUGGAACAGAGAAACCCACAAUACGGCAAUCUCAACACGCAGCAGGCCGUCCCCGGAGCUGAGGUUCUCAUGGAUGAGCUCGAUGAUGAUGAAGAUCAAGCGCAGGCUGGGGAUGCAGACAAAGAGUCCAAAGGAGGAUGGGACUCUUGCAGUGAGGAUGAAGAUGAUGAUGAUGAAGAUGCAUGGGUAGAUGUGCAGCAUUCCUCUGAUGAAGAGCAGACAGAAGAUCCUGUGGCCGGUCUUUCUCUCGAUGAGAAACGAAAAAAGGCAAAGGAUGUCUCCACAAAUCGCAUCCUCACACAGGAAGAUUUCCGUCAGAUUCAGCACUAUCAGGCCCGUAAAACUACAGAGAGCACCACUACGAGAAAAGGCAAAAGAAAGUUAAUGGAAGUGGAAGACAGCGAAAACAGUGACCGAUUGACACUGUCCACAAUAGAAAACGUCCACAAGAAGCGAGCCCACGACAAGGAAUCCCGUCUGGCCACUGUGAUGGCGGGGAGAGUGGGAAGAGAGAAGUUUGCACAUGGACCACAGAAAAUGAAUCCUAAUGCAAGUACUACCAAUAAAGAGAAGGCCAGAGGGAAAAACUUUAUGAUGGUCAAACACAAGCUGGGAAAAAGGAAGGGCGGGCGCUCCUUCAGAGACAAACAGGUUGCCCUGACCAAAGCAUUGUUACGGAGGCAGAAAAAGAACUGAGAAGUUAUAUAUCUUGUGGACAUUUUUGAUUCUCGGAAUGAUCUUCACAACAGGCUGUCUUUAUCGUGAAAGAAAGAUUCUGGCAUACAACAAGAAAUUAUUAUAUGAAUAAAAAAAAAGGAAAUGUACAA